AAGAGCGCUGUAAGCCAACAUUACCUGUCAGAGUGAUGUGAACCGCGGUGCCGAAAGACGCGUAUCUUCUCUUAUUUGUAGUGUUUUUUUUCCCUUUUAAAGUAAACAAUUAGCCUAAUGUCAUGUGUUUUGCUCAGUUUCCCGUCUAAACUACGUUUUAGGACCGUGAUUGCCACAUAGAACCAGCACUUUACAGGGAAGGAUCCAGCGGGAGAGCUUUUACGCAUCGCGCAUCUGUCGAUACAGAAUACAGUGUAGAAAAAUAUAGAAAUUGCACUAUUGCACUGUGGACUGAAUAAUGAGGUACGGAUUGGUGGUUAUUUCAGCUGGGUUUACAGGUUUGCUCAGCUUUAGCCUCCUUGCUGUGGCUAUAUGGACUGAUUACUGGUACAUUAUCGUCGAUGUGAAUAAACCCAACUGCUCAUGUUCAGACGACCUAAGUUCACAUUCUGGACUGUGGAGAAUUAAUGAAGGAGCAAACAUGAGCUCAGUCAUCCCUUCUUUUACAGCAAAUAUGUCCAGCCUGUCAGAAGUGGAAAGGCACCUUCUUGGCUUGCAUAAGGUGGUGGUUAUCAUAUUGCCCCUCAGCCUAGUCCUGCUGGUGUUCGGCUGGAUCUUUGGACUUGUCAGUUCGUUAGCCAGCAGUCCCAAAUUGCUGGCUGGAUCAGCAGCCUACGUUCUCUUCUGCAGUAUUUUUACCCUGUCUGGGGUGAGCAUCUACAUCAAAUACUCGAACCUGGCCAUGGUGGAGUUCCAGCGUAUCGUGUCUCCAGAGAACCUCGCCCGUGUGGAUGUGUCCUUCGGCUGGUCCUUAACCGUAGCCUGGCUCUCCUACAGCAUGGAGUUGGCCACUGGUCUACUGCUUAUGCUAGCUGCCAGAAUAAGUCAAAUUAAGGGAUGCUAUGACUCUGGCGUAGCCAUUGCCAUGUUAUAAAUUAAUGUUUUAUGAUGCCCAAUAAGUAAUAAUUACUGUAGAUAUAUACAGUGGUUUUGUUGUCUUUGAAUGUGUUUUUGCAGUGUUUUUCAGUAAAUUUAGCCUUUUGUUGCCAUAUUCCGUCCAUAAGCUAUGUAUGUGUAGCUAUUAACGUAUUCUGGACGGGUUGAUUCAGCAGUAGGUUUUCUGUGAGUUGUGUCUGGAAACAUGGUUGUAAUUUACAUUUGUCUCGCUUCAUCUACGAGACAAAUGCAAAUUCCCUGCCCUGCAAUAUGAACACAGGCAAAAUGAGAAUUGAAGUUGUAUGGGAUAAUUUCUGCACCUCGUCUAUACCCUGUACACUGCAGUUAAAUAUGGUUCAUAUCAGUGGAUCAGGAUGUUUAAUUCAAGUGAUUCUGCAGCAGAUAACCACCAGUCAGUGGAGACACCUAGACUUUAGCACACAGUCACAACUGGUUCAUUUUCUAGUAUUUCAUGAUGGAAAAGCUGCUGCAUUGAUGUGUUAGAGAAAAUUAGCAUUUGGCUGAUGUAGAAGUUAAGACAAUGUUGGCUUGUGCCUUAAAGAGAAAAUGUUAGUUUGUGCCUCCUUAUUACAAACUUCCUAUACACAUCCUACUGGUAAAUGCAUGAAUCAUGGAAACAGGGCUGAAGAUCAGUGCACUCUUGGGGAUCCUGCAACGUGUUUUCAGCAGUACAGAUGCAUGUGUUGCUGCAUGCUUUGCAGUAGUAGUAUGCUUUUGCAACAGCUAGAUAUUGUAAUAUUCUGUCUGUGCUGUCCACUUAGGAAUGAGACUUAUCUCUGCUUGGAAGUAAAAACAACAAUUACAACAUUUAGCACUUUGCAUUGCUUUCUAUUGUGGUGUUCCAUUUUUAUUGUUAACUGUGACAAAAAAGCAAUGAAAUAUAAAUCCAGCUGUAGUCUCAAUGCAUACUGUAAGUAGGCAACAGAAAAAGGCUGCAUUGAUUGAAUGUUUUUAAAUGUCCGUGACACACUGUAAUCAAAUUGUACAUAUUGUCCUGAAGAUUUUUUUUGUUGUGCGACAAUAUCUAAAACAUCAUUGUCCGUA